GUGGAUGUCAUAUCACACACAGGAGUUUAAAAUGAAACAUGUCUGCAGGCUCUAGCUGAAAAUACCUCUCGGUUAGGUGGUGGUGGUGUCCAGUGGUUGUUCCCCUAGUUGAGUGGUCGUUGUUUUAGAAUGAGGAAUCACCCUGAAUACUGUAGUUUGCUACACCAGCUGAUGUGUACCAACGAUAAGGAAUAAGAAGCUAGUAUGCGGAAGCUCUUUACAGGAAGCACAGCUAGGAAGUUGAUCAAGCUAGCUAGCUCGUAACGUUCUCCUCCAGAGUGAAGGAACAACAUUAAACUUGGUGACAGCAGAGUUAAGAGAGGUCGUCAUCGUCGCCUGGUGAGUUAAACACUCAGAAUGGAGGACUCCAGCAGCAGCAAGCCUUUCAUGGUGACGUCCUCUCUGAACUUCAAAGUCACCACCCCGUCCUUCUACAACCAGCCAAAGAAGUUCGCCUCUGUGGCACCACCACGGUCCAAAAGUGUGACUCCUCCUUCAGCUCCAUCGCCAACACCAAUAGGCACAGGUGUGAUCGGUCGAGUGGGAGACAUGCCGCCGCCGCCUUCUGCACUCUGUGAUGACUUCCCGCCCCCUCCUCCUCCGCCGCUGGAUGAUGAUUUGCCAGCCCCUCCCCCUGAAUGCCAAACCACACCCCCUUCCUCUGAUGCCCCCCCUCCCGCAUUUCCCGCUCCACCUCCCGUUGCUGAUGACUUGCCCCUUCCAGCCCCCCCUGAAGAGAGUGCCUGUCUGCCCACUUCCCCCUCUCCCCCUCCGCCCCCACCCCCUCCACCUCUUCCCACCUCAAGCACCAGUAUUCCCAGUGCUGCUGCAAUCCCACAGAGGCUGUAUGAGAAACAGACGAGCUUCGAUAGACAGCUCGACUCUCUAACUGAUUUGCUGUCUGAGAUGGAGACCAGGGGACCUUUCAACCCCAAGAUGCCCAACCAGUAUUCUUCAGCACCAGCACCCAAGCCUUCAGCUCCUCCUCCAACUGCUCCUAAACCAACUCUCUCUUUCCUCCCGCCCCCUGAGAUGGGCGACCGCCCGCCUCCAGCACCCUGGGCAGAAGAACUCAAAGCCAGAACAAACCGACAAGCCAAUCACAACACUGCGCCAAACUCUACAGCUCAGCCUUUCGCCAAGGCUCCCGCCGUGGCUCCCAAGUCUGGUUUCAAUGGUAGAACGACAACAUCAUCAGCUUCCCUGGCACAAAAACUGAACCAGAACCUAAACCAGACUUCCACCCCAAUCGGUGGUGCACCCAAACCCUCCCCUGCCUCUGCCACCAGUUCUUUCCCUCCAGUUCCCAUGGCUCCACCCGCUGCACCUCCUGCUCAGCCAAACAAUAUGGCGCCUGCACCCGCAUUUAAUCACAUAAAGAGCUCUCCCUUUGCUGGUCAGGUGAAUGCAAACCUAAACCCUCCUUCUUCGGUGCCUCCUCCCCAGCCCAAGCCGAUGGCAUCUGCCCCCUCCUCUUUUAACCAACCAAUGAAAACUCUCCCUUCAUCAAUGCCCUCACCACCCGGGCCUGUUCCAAUACCCGGUGGAGGUGUUCCACUGAAUAUGAAGGAAGUGGAGGAGCUGGAGAGAAUGACCCAGGAUUUCAUAAAAGACAUGGACACGCAUGCACCUGUCAUCAGUUCCGCUCCCACAGAGGUCUGUGGAAAGUGUGGCGAGGCUCUAUCUCGCACUCAGCCAGCAGUGAGGGCCAUGGACAAACUCUUCCACUCCAACUGCUUCUGCUGCAUGAGCUGUCAUCGCCCCCUGCAGGGCAUGCAGUUCUAUGACAGGGAUGGAUCCCCUCAGUGUGAGGACUGCUAUGUGAGUUCCCUGGCUGUGUGUUCCCGAUGUGGGGAGAAGAUAACAGAUCGAGUGCUGAAGGCAGUGGGCCAGUGUUUCCACGCCCAAUGUUUCCGAUGCAGCACCUGCUCCUGUGUACUUGAGGGGGCGCCCUUCAUAACUGAUGACAACAACAACCCUUACUGUGUCCAGGAUUACCACAGGCGGUUCUCCCCUCUGUGUGUGAGCUGCAAUGAACCUAUUAUUCCAGCUGCAGGCAGUGAGGAGACAGUCAGAGUGGUGGCUCUUGACAAGAAUUUCCACCUAAAGUGUUACCGCUGUGAGGAUUGUGCUCGUCCUCUCUCCAUAGAAGCCGAUGAAAAUGGCUGCUAUCCACUGGAUGGUAAGAUCCUGUGUAUGAAGUGCCACACCCAGCGAGCCAAGCAAGCAGCGCAAUGAUUGGCUGAUGCAUGUCCCAGAUUAACUAUGAACCAAAUCUAAAAGCACAGGAUUCAUUUAGCUGCCGUUUUGCCUUUGCAACAGGGCUUUAUUCAGUAUAUGUGUGCAGAGAUGUGAGCGUGAAUGUGCUGUGUGAAAAGGUAUGUUUGCAUGCAGAUACGGUGUAGUAUUCCCCCGUCUGUUCACUUCAGUGCAGAGGUAAUGUACUGCAUUGAAAUAAACUCCACUCAUCUUGUAUUCCGGGUUUCUCCCUCUGUAAUCCCUCAUCGAGCCCUCUUUGUGUAAUGGAGUGUAUUUUUGUGCCAAUUUUAUGUUUACGCUUAAAUUUCGAGCAAAACUUGCACACUUAAACAGUUUGUUCAGAAGAGCAGUCUGAUGAAUAUAAAGUUGCCUUUCUUUUUUUCUCCUCAAUAUUGUAGCAUCAUAAACUGAAAUAUUUCCAUGUUAAAAAAAAAAAAAACAUUCACUAGCUGGUCUCUUUCCCUGUGAGCAUUGAAGCUACAUUGGGACAGAUAGUUGACCCUAGGGUGACAAGUAGCAAGGCCCUCCUAUUUGAGCACUCUGCAGCUCUAACUACUCUGGUUGGCUGUUGGUAGAACAUAUCUUUCAAACUGUGGCAGUUGUUGUGCCUGCAAGCAUGGCUUAUGUUGAUUCCCUGCCAAAAAAAAGUGCUUCUUAUCAGCCAAUCAACUCUGAAAGCUUUUUUAAAGCCAUACAUGGCUAAAUGAUGACUACAAAAUGGUGAAUGUUGCUCUUCUUUUGUGUGUGAUGUGAAUUUGUAGUUUUACAGGCAUGCCUUGAAUUAUGUCUUGUUUCUCCUUUAUUUGAUCAAACAUGCUGUAUAAGGCUGCAAUUAGAACAAAAAUCAGCAACUUUCUUCUUAAAAAAGUUCAGAACGUAUUAAAUAUUGUAUUUUUAGAUGCAUGCUUUUUGGAUGCACAAAUUGUGAACAAAUUUUGAGCACAGAUACGCCAAGCACAGAGUCUCUUCCAGGGGUCUCAUCAGUAAAAAAAAAAUGUGUCGUUAUGUCAGCUGCAUGGCUGAAAACAGGACCUAUUAUGUGAUCGUUGCACACUUCCAUUGUGAAAUAAAACUAUCCUUUUAGUGCCACUUUGACUCUAAAGCCCCUUCUGCACAUCAUCAGUUUAGUUUCAGUAGACGCCUUUAAAAACACAAGAGUAGCUUUUGAUAUGCAUUCCCUUAGAAUCCUACUUCACAUACAUCAUGAACCUGUUUGUCAGUAAUUUUAAGGUUAUAUGAGUACCAGUAAUAAAAUAUCGUAGGAUCAUUAGAGGCAGUAGUUGAGCUUUAGGUAACUGAUGUUAAAACAUAGUGACCAACAUUAGACAGCUUUAGUUCAGAUCGAGGAUAAUGACAGUCAAAUGGGAUUCAGUGUUUAAAUGUCAUGUAUGUUUUAAUCACCUUAUAUGUGUUUGAGCCUGGUUACUUUUGGUCCUCAUCUAGUAUUUUACAGAUAAUACCACUAUUCUUUCCAUUACUCCUAUUUUGUACUGUAGCCUGUUCAUAUCUGUUUUAUAAUGUUAUAUUCAUAUCUUACUGUAAUGUAUUUCGUGAUGAUGCUUAAAAUUAUUUGGUUUCAUGUUUAACCUGGAGAUGUGUCCUCUCCACUGUUGUAUUCCAUUGUUCCUUUCUAAUUGAGCCUGGUGUGAAGCCACAGAAAUUCAUUCCACAUUAAGAAAACACUUGUAACUUGUGCUUAAAUUGAGCCUGGUGCAGUAUAUCACCAGAAAGACUAAAAUGGCAAUAGUUCCGCAGCAUUGCAUGCUAGCUGUGUGGGUGGUGGCGACAUUUCUUCAAGUAUUAUGUCCUUUUGUUUGCACCGACUUCUCCACCUUUAUGACCCUGCCUUUGUCAUCAUGAUGUGAUCUAACGAUGAUGCCUUCACAGUUAUGUCUAUGUGGCGUUUUGUUGUUGUGCUAUGUCCCAUUGUAUAACAUGCAGAUGCCUUGUCUUUUCAUAUAACUUUUUUUUAUUGACUCUUGUUUGAUAUGUGUGAAUGUGUAUAUGUUCAAAGACAUUAUUUAGCCCCAGCCCUUCCCCUUUGGCUGUAUCAAAAGAUAAACAAAUAAAUAAAAUGCCAAAUACCAAUUAA